CUCAUCAGUUACGUAGAUUUUAGCGUUGUUGAGCAAAUUAGCUAUGGAAGACAAUAUUUCUGCAGCAUUUGUGGGAGAUGAUCUAUUUAAUACAUAUGGCCCUUGUAAAACAUGCGUCAAAGAAUGCUCUAAUGCAGAAUUGUUAAUGCUAGUAAUGAAAUGCGUAAAUUUUGCGGCAGUAAAGCAUAAGGAUCAAAGAAGGAAAGAUACUGAAGAAACACCAUAUAUAAAUCACCCUAUAGGUGUUGCAAAUAUUUUGAUUCAAGAAGGCAACAUUUAUGAUCCACCUGUAAUUUUAGCAGCUCUAUUACAUGAUACAGUAGAAGACACAGAUUGUACAUUUGAGCAAAUAGAAAAUGAAUUUGGUAAAGAGGUUUGCGGUAUUGUUAGAGAAGUAACUGAUGAUAAAAGCUUACCAAAAGCAGAACGUAAGAGACUACAAAUCGAAAAUGCUUCCAAACGAAGUUAUAAAGCUAAAUUAGUUACUUUAGCUGAUAAAUUAUAUAAUUUGAGGGAUAUCGAAAAAGCCACCCCAGUUGGAUGGACAGCAGAAAGAGUGAAAGAAUAUUUCAAGUGGUCCAAAGCUGUGAUAGAUGGAUGUCGUAAAACUAAUUUUACUCUAGAGAGAGAAUUAGAUUUAAUAUAUGCAAAUCGGGUUGCUAGGGAUCGAGAGGUGUGUGGAUGUAAGAAAAUGUCCUUAUCAAAGUGUCACUGAUUAAUAAAUUGAUACUUCCAACAUUUAUUCAAUACAUAAAAAACGGGAAAACAUUUAAAAAAAAUUAUAAUUGGUGU